AUGGAUCAGCAUAACGUGCCGCUGAAGAAAGCGCUCAGGGCACAGACCGAGGUGGAGUGGACAUUCAUUUCGCUUGGGUGGGUCAUGGACUACAUCGUCCCGAGUACAAACCGGAACCACCCCAACCCCGGUCCUUUUCACCCGCUCGAUCUGGAAUCUCGAACCAUGACCAUUCCGGGCACUGGCAACGACGUGUUCUCCACGACCAGCGCUCGUGAUGUGGCCAAGGUGAUCGCAGAACUCCUGAAAAGUACCAACAAGUGGCGCCCGUACACCUACGUCCAAGGCAUGCAAACGACGUGGCUGCAACUGGCCGAGCUGGUGAAAACGGUCGGUGGCGUGUCGGACCUCAAGGUGUCGUUCGAGCCCAUCGACGAGAUUAAGGCGGCGUUGGAAAAGAAAGAGUCACCACAAGCUGCCUUGCUGGCCGAAUUCAAGAUGCUCGUGCCGUCUGGGAGGUGCACGUUUGAUCAGGAAAAAGUCAAGCGUGACCGAGUCGAGCAUUUCCCCAAUGUUCACUUGCGUACGGCUCAGGAGCUACUGGAGGAGGUGAAGCAGGACCCUAAAGUGAUCAUCUAAGAGAAGGCAGGAAGAAGGCCUGGGGAGGAGGGUCCAGCAUUCAGUCCAAAGGAAUAGUUAAGAGGAUGAGGGACUGAACCAUAAAUGUUUGGAAUUGAGCAUGCAUUUUAUACUGUGGAGCUGGAC